AGAAGAGCGAGUGAGUGGUAAGAUUCUUCAAGGAUUGCUUGCAUUUCUGCUCUGUGUUCGAUCCAUAUGUGAAACUCUCAUUGUAUGUAGCAGAUGAGAAUAGAGAACUUGCUUUGGUACAGACAAAAACAAUUAAAAAGAUUGAAGACUUUCAGUUUUCCUUCACUUCAUUACUCUCAAAAACAGAUUUGUAGCAGACGCUGAACCCGAAGUGGAAUGAAGAAUUUUAUUUUAGAGUAAACCCAUCAAAUCACAGGCUCCUGUUUGAAGUAUUUGACGAAAACAGAUUGAAAGAAAGCUACACCUAUUAUGUGAAUACAGACUUACAGAAUUUGGGCAAGAGAAAGGGAUUGCCUGUGUGUGCUCCUGGCUACAGUCACAAGUCAGUUGGAAGAUAAUUUGGAGAUGGACCUUCAGUCUUCUAGUAUCUUUUGUACAAUUUGUUUGACCCUUGAAUAGCAUUUUUAUUUUUUGUUGAUACCAGUACAGAGGUUUCUGUGAAAACUCAAGGCAUUGUUGGACAGGUCUUAGGGCCAAACUGAUGGCCUCAUGCAUUGCAGUCUUACAGGAGCUUCUUAGAUGAUCCAGAGCCAAGACACGAGACGACUUCCUGGGCCAGGUGGACGUGCCCCUUAGUCACCUUCCGCCAACUACAUUCAGGGAGAUGGACCACAAAUAAAAGGAAUGGAUGAAGACAGAAGAUCCAACCAUGGAGCGACCUUAUACAUUUAAGGACUUUCUCCUUCGACCAAGAAGUCAUAAAUCUCGAGUUAAGGGAUUUUUGCGGUUGAAAAUGGCCUACAUGCCCAAAAAUGGAGGGCAGGAUGAAGAAAACAGUGAGCAAAGAGACGACAUGGAGCAUGGGUGGGAAGUUGUUGAUUCCAAUGACUCAGCUUCUCAACACCAAGAGGAGCUUCCUCCUCCUCCUCUGCCCCCUGGGUGGGAAGAGAAAGUGGACAAUUUAGGCCGAACAUACUACGUCAACCACAACAACCGGACCACACAGUGGCACCGACCAAGCUUAAUGGAUGUGUCUUCUGAAUCAGACAACAACAUCAGACAGAUCAACCAGGAGGCUGCACACAGGCGCUUCCGUUCUCGCAGGCACAUCAGUGAGGACUUGGAGCCUGAGGCCUCGGAAGGUGGAGAGGGCCCUGAGCCUUGGGAGACCAUUUCAGAGGAAGUGAACAUGGCCGGAGACUCCCUUGGUCUGGCUUUGCCUCCGCCGCCAGCCUCUCCAGUGUCUCGGACCAGCCCACAGGAGCUAUCGGAGGAGCUGAGCAGAAGGCUUCAGAUCACUCCAGACUCCAAUGGGGAACAAUUCACUUCUCUGAUUCAGAGAGAACCCUCCUCCAGGCUACGGUCCUGCAGUGUCACCGACACAGUCGCGGAGCAAGGCCACCUACCACCGCCCAGCGCCCCAGCUGGGAGAGCGCGUUCAUCAACUGUCACAGGUGGUGAGGAGCCAACGCCAUCAGUGGCCUAUGUACAUACCACGCCGGGCCUACCUUCAGGCUGGGAAGAAAGAAAAGAUGCUAAGGGACGCACAUACUAUGUCAAUCAUAACAAUCGAACCACAACUUGGACUCGACCAAUCAUGCAGCUUGCAGAAGAUGGUGCUUCUGGAUCAGCCACAAACAGUAACAACCACCUAAUCGAGCCUCAGAUUCGCCGGCCUCGUAGCCUCAGUUCGCCAACAGUAACUUUAUCUGCCCCACUGGAGGGUGCCAAGGAUUCGCCCAUACGCCGGGCUGUGAAAGAUACCCUUUCCAAUCCACAGUCCCCACAGCCAUCACCUUACAACUCCCCCAAACCACAACACAAAGUCACACAGAGCUUCCUGCCACCUGGCUGGGAAAUGAGGAUAGCUCCAAACGGCCGGCCCUUCUUCAUUGACCAUAACACAAAGACUACGACAUGGGAAGAUCCACGCCUGAAAUUUCCAGUACAUAUGCGGUCAAAGGCAUCUUUAAACCCCAAUGACCUUGGCCCUCUUCCACCUGGCUGGGAAGAAAGAAUUCACCUGGAUGGCCGCACAUUUUACAUUGACCAUAGCAGCCAGGUGCUGUGUGGAGAGAAUGAUACCAGAGAGUCAGUGCCCUCGUACGAUAGCAAAAUAACCCAGUGGGAAGACCCAAGACUGCAGAACCCAGCUAUUACUGGUCCGGCUGUUCCUUACUCCAGAGAAUUUAAGCAGAAAUAUGACUACUUUAGGAAGAAAUUAAAGAAACCUGCUGAUAUUCCAAACAGAUUUGAAAUGAAACUACACAGAAAUAACAUAUUUGAGGAGUCCUAUCGGAGAAUCAUGUCUGUAAAAAGACCAGAUGUCCUAAAAGCUAGGUUAUGGAUUGAAUUUGAAUCAGAGAAAGGUCUGGAUUAUGGGGGCGUAGCCAGAGAAUGGUUCUUCUUACUGUCCAAAGAGAUGUUCAACCCAUACUAUGGUCUCUUUGAGUACUCUGCAACGGACAACUACACACUUCAGAUCAAUCCCAAUUCAGGCCUCUGUAAUGAAGAUCAUUUGUCUUAUUUCACUUUUAUUGGAAGAGUUGCUGGUCUGGCAGUAUUUCAUGGGAAACUCUUAGAUGGUUUCUUCAUCCGACCAUUCUACAAGAUGAUGUUGGGAAAGCAGAUCACUCUGAAUGACAUGGAAUCUGUGGACAGUGAAUACUAUAACUCUUUGAAAUGGAUCUUAGAAAAUGAUCCUACUGAACUGGACCUCAUGUUCUGCAUAGAUGAAGAAAACUUUGGGCAGACGUAUCAAGUGGAUUUAAAGCCCAAUGGUUCAGAAAUAAUGGUGACAAAUGAAAACAAAAGGGAAUAUAUUGACUUAGUCAUCCAGUGGAGGUUCGUGAACAGGGUCCAGAAGCAAAUGAAUGCCUUCUUAGAGGGAUUCACGGAACUGCUUCCUAUUGAUUUGAUUAAAAUUUUUGAUGAAAAUGAGCUGGAGUUGCUGAUGUGUGGCCUUGGUGACGUUGAUGUGAACGACUGGAGACAGCAUUCUAUUUAUAAGAAUGGCUACUGCCCUAAUCACCCCGUCAUUCAGUGGUUCUGGAAGGCUGUGCUGUUGAUGGACGCCGAGAAGCGGAUCCGGUUACUGCAGUUUGUCACAGGGACAUCCCGUGUACCCAUGAAUGGAUUUGCCGAACUUUAUGGUUCCAAUGGUCCUCAGCUGUUUACAAUAGAGCAAUGGGGCAGCCCUGAGAAACUGCCCAGAGCUCACACAUGCUUUAAUCGCCUUGACUUACCUCCAUAUGAAACUUUUGAAGAUUUACGCGAGAAACUUCUCAUGGCCGUGGAAAAUGCUCAAGGAUUUGAAGGGGUGGAUUAAGGCCUCUUUCCUCAGGGCCAGUGACCAUCCAGCAAGUUCCACAUGCUCUGUAUGCCUGACAGACUUUGGCAGAGCGGGUGACAGAGCACCGCUGUGCAGCAUGGCUCCCAGAGGCCAGCCUCCACCUCUGCCAUGCCCACCUUCAGACUCCUCGGGAACCCGGUCCCGGCUGAAUUCCCGCGCUUCACCACAAAUUCUCAACUGGUUGAUGUGUACACUAAUUACAUUUCAGGAAGACUUGUUCUAUUUAUGUUGUGCCUCUGCAGGCAAAGCCCUUAAUAAAUAUUUUGCAUACUUUCUAAUGACAGUGAAUGGAAUUAAUCACUCUACAGGUAUAGUAUUACAAUUCAUGUUUACUUUUUAAAAUGAUUUAGACUGAUUUUCAGAUUUUAUUUCAUUACAAUUAAAGAUGUCUCAUGUACUUGGUAAAGUGAGCAUAUUUUUUUUGUAUUUGAAGUUCAUACCAGGCUUAAUGUCAAUGACAUUAUUAUUUUUGAGGUACUUUGACACCCCAUCCCUGUACUUUAUUAGAAUUGGAACUUAAAUUUUGUCCAGAAGCCUUCUAUAGUCAAGAACUUAGAGAGAAUUUCAAACAUAGCAUUAGGUAUAACGAUAAUUUUUUCCAUACUCAGAAUGAAAAUAAACUGGAUAUUACUUUUUUGUACAAAUUUAGGUAAUAGCUAUGAGCCAAGAGAAUUGUAACAUAGCAUGACAUAUUUGUGUUAACUUGAAAGGAAUCACACCAUUAUUCCUUAGAAGUAAUUACGUGUGCUAUAACACAUUUGAGACAGGGUUAGACUGUCAUUUCUCAUGAGAGAAGUUACUUAACCCUUCCUGUUGCUGUACAGUCACCCUUUUAUUAUACUUUCCCUUUUACUGUUUGUAGUAGAAACAUUUCAAAUGGAACUCAGCACUGCUUGAUUCAAAACUCUGGAAGCCAGCUCCCUUCUGUCUCCUUUUUGUGUGUUCACUAAUCGUAGCUAAGUAACCAGUUCUCGCUCUAAUUGUACCAGUUCUGAAGGCACUUUAUGUACCACAUGGAGGUCAUACCUGGUUUUGUGUUUGUUUGGUUUUUAUCACAAAUAUUAAAUGUGAUGAUUAUUUCUUUUUUCUACUCACAUCUUGCUGGUGCAAUAUCUAUCAGUUGUGAAUCUGGCUGCUGGUGUAUAAAAACCUGAAUGUAAAGCUGAGCCUAUAGACCUGUCCUUUCCAAUUGUUUUGUGAUUUCUACUCAACUACAAAGAUUUAUUUAAUAGACACUUAAUCUAAUCAACUUUUGUUACCUGUGACCUGUUGCAUGCUUCAAUACUGUGUACUGCCUGAGUCAUGUCUCUUGUGUGCUAGAUUAAAAGUGAGAAAGACUUGACUUGAUCCACUGAGGUCAUGCUGUGGUGGUGGAGGACUGAGGGUCUCUGUGCAGUUUGAGUCUUUCCCACCUGUGAGUGUCUGUUACAGAAUUCUGUCAUGUUCUGAGAAGAUGCCUGAGACAGCGUGGGAGUUCAGCAACCCUGCUGUCCUGUUUAACUUGUGUUGUCCUAGACCCUGUUGUGGCUAAGUUAGAGGACACUGGAGAUUGGGUCUCUUGCUGAUCACAGAUAAGACAAAAAUUUGUGGUUUCACAGUCUCUGUUGUGUAAGAAGACCCUUGGUGUAAGAAAUUAGUCAUAUUUGUGUAGUUCUGGCAGUAUGUGAGAAACCAUGGAUACUUAUCGUUGUAAACGAGUUGUCUAAGGGAAUACAGAACCCUGAAAAUCUAAAAGGUGACUUCCUACAGAGCUGAGUAUUGGUUCUCUUCAUAUUGAUUUAAAAAUGCUUACUAGUGAUCAGAAACUUGGGUAUUGUUUGUUUUUGUUUUUUGUUUUGUUUUGUUUUGUUUUUGUUUUUUAUUUUUUUUGUAC